AGGAUAUACGUAACCGGGAUCUCAGCUGUAUUAGCGGAAGACAGGAUUCAGGCUUCCAGUGACAACCGAAACAGCAAUAUGGGGAACUAGUCCAGGGAAGAGCGAAUCAAACAUGGAUUAAACAUACGCGUUUGCUCAGUCGCGCCGCCAUUCAUUCAAAAUAUCGAGUAGCUGCAUUGAUUUUAUGUCACGUAUACCUUAUCGUACUUAAUACAGCACCAGGAUUGCUAAGGUAGCUCACUUCAGCAAAUAGCCAGAGCAUCUGCUCUUUAAAUCGGCGUGUUGGACAAGACACAGUCUUGUAAUAUAUGUGCUAGUGUAUAUGUAAUAAAUAUCGGAUUGACUGUUUUGCUCAAGAGUUUCUUUGCUUGGCUUCGAGGCACCAGCAAUGCUCUCUGAAAUACGGGGUUCCUGAUACCCACUUUGAACUGACCUGCAGUCUUCGCACUAAAAGAAAGAGGAUUUUCAAUAUACACAAGACUUAAAACCUUUGGCUUUUGAGCAAAAGGUAUCAUGUCUUCCAGAGAGCGACGCUCCGACCUGUACAUAAAGGCUGAACCCAGCAGUCCUGAGGGAGGAGGCGGUGGCGGUGGGAGGACCAGCCCAGGAGGAGCAUCCUCAGACUCCUCUCAGAGUGGAGGAGGGGGAUCCAGAGGAGAAGGCGCUGGCCGCUACUCCCCGCCCCCGUACACGCCUGCGUUACGUUGCCAUUUUAAAGAGGAGGGUGCGGAUGGUGCCGAGGAGGGCUCUACCGGAAGCGGCGGAGGACGCUGCAAGUAUGCGCUAAGCACGCUUCCCAAGCGGCUGUGCCUGGUGUGUGGAGAUGUGGCGUCUGGCUACCACUACGGAGUGGCUUCCUGUGAAGCCUGUAAGGCUUUCUUCAAAAGAACCAUACAGGGCAAUAUUGAGUACAGUUGUCCUGCUUCUAAUGAAUGUGAGAUCACCAAGCGCCGCAGGAAGGCCUGUCAGGCGUGUCGUUUCACCAAGUGCCUCAAAGUAGGCAUGCUCAAAGAAGGUGUGCGCCUGGACCGAGUCAGAGGAGGACGGCAGAAGUACAAGAGACGCCCAGAAGUGGAGAAUGCCACGUACCAGAGUGCGCCGAUACCUUUAAGGAAAGAGGGGGAGAAGGGCUCAUCCAGCAUCAUCGUGUCUCAUCUGCUGGUGGCAGAGCCAGAGAAGCUGUUUGCUAUGCCAGACCCCCUGCAGCCUGAUACAGCCCAGCGCACGCUCACCACUCUCUGUGACCUGGCCGACCGGGAACUAGUUGUCAUCAUCGGCUGGGCCAAGCACAUUCCUGGCUUUCUCUCGCUGUCGCUGGCUGACCAGAUGUCCGUGCUGCAGUCGGUGUGGCUGGAGGUGUUGGUGUUGGGGGUGGCGUACCGUUCUCUCGGCUGUGAGGACGAGGUGGUGUUCGCUGAGGACUUCGUGCUGGAUGAGGAAAUGUCUCGCGUGGCCGGUCUGACCGAGCUCAACGCCGCCAUCAGCCAGCUCGCACGUCGUUUCAGGGCCCUGCAGCUGGACCGCGAGGAGUUCGUCAUGCUCAAAGCCAUCGCGUUGACCAACUCAGAUUCGGUGUACAUUGAGGACAUGGAGGCCGUGCAAAAGUUACGGGACCUGCUCCAUCAGGCUCUGCUGGAGCUAGAGGUCCAACGACGCCCUGACGACCCCCAACGUGCGGGACGACUCCUCCUCACCCUGCCCCUCCUCAGGCAGACCGCCGGCCGGGCCCUCACCACCUUCUACAGCAUCAAAACCCGCGGCGGCGUGCCUAUGCACAAACUCUUCCUGGAGAUGCUGGAGGCCAUGAUGGACUCACCCUAGAGAAGAGACAACAAUGGAUGAAGGUUGAAGAAAACGGGCGGGGGUUCGCCCGGAAUCUUUUUGUGUUCGCAAGGGCUACGAAAGCCAAAAGAAAAACUUUUUCGGGGUUGAAUAUGAAGACGCUUCGCGUAGCUGUCCGCCGGUACUGGUCUUUCACAUCAAAUCCUCCUCCUUCACUUGAUUUCAAUGGGUACAUCAAUCAGUGUUAGAUAAACCACAUUCUGUCACAUCACGGCCAUCCUGAUAAGUGUUUCUAGGAGCUAACCAUUACUGUAAACUCAGAGAAGUUCACGUGCCAAGGGCGCCUACUGAGACUGCAGCAAUAUGAACUCAUACCUGAAUCGUGCGAUUCAGCGAAAUCUCCUUCUUUAACAAUGGUAGGCCAUUGAAACCGUCACUACAAUUAUAAUCAAGUAAGCUUUCUUUUUCUCCUUAAAUCUGUGCAAAAUGCACUUAUGUAAAGUCUUUUAUAACACACUCGCCAUACUACAAGUGCUAUUUAACUUUGUCCCGCUAGCUUUGUGUGAAAUAUGCAACACAUAGGUGAAAACAAACUUCAGUUUACUGGUAUACACUGGUACUGCAACAUCAUAUUACGGAAAGCAAUAUGAAAGACUUCAUAAUUUAUCUGAUGUCAGCCGUUUGUAAAAACAACAGGCUGCCAUGCCACGUCCUGCUUCGAAACGAAAUUUAGCAGUGGUGUAGUUGCAUAGCAAAGUCAACGUUUUUUUUUGAUUGAUCAUAGAAAAUUUUCAUAACCCAGUCCGUCCUUUGUAUAAUAGCCAGUUGUUUAAGAAUAAUGUUGUCGUUUUGGGAUUAUGUAUGUGGGAGAUUCUGGGUACUAUAAAUGCUUAACUGAACCAACGGUGCGUCUAAAUCAGGGUAAACGGGGAUUUUUUUCCUCCUGUAGGCCACUACUGUAGUUUGCUGUUUUGCUGUAAUGAUUUUUUUUCAGACGGCGCGGGACCUUCCGAUAUGUCCUCGAUUCUUCAGACACUGGCCUGCUUGGGAACGAUUCGUAUGGAAAGACUUUUCAGAGGAAAUUUCAUGUUUUCCAUACUGUAAUCCUCCAUUUGUACACGGAUGCAGCUGGACAGCCUCCGUCUGAGCUUCAUUCUGUGAUAUUCAAACUGAAAGCCUCUGUGGUGCAGAGCAACAUUAAAUGCAAAUUGGAAAAGCCUCACGAGACGGGCUCGUCACUUUCGAGACUCUUCGUUUGGUUGUGUUCGCGUGGUCUCCUCAUAGUUGUUUGUUUGCAGACGCUCGUCUGGUGUUAUAUGCAAUCAUACUCCGUUCAGCGUGCUACCUUUUAUUUAUUCUACACGUGUGAAAACAGGAGGAAGAAAAGCCAGUUGCCAUUUUGGCCUCUUAAGUACUACAAAUGAAAACCACUGUCGUAUAUAGUCGGACCUCGGAGGUGACGCCACAUCUUCAGGGUGAUUUCCGCUGUCUACUGUUCGCAGCAACGAUUGUACGAGCGCUCCGCAAGCGGUUUCGCUGCAGAUAAACGCAGAGGGAAAGAAUCUUCCAAGGUUGAUAUUUAUAUUUUCGGCUCAACGUAGGUUUAAUCUGGGUCUGUGGAUUUCUAGUUCAGGAUACUGAGGGGACGCGUUGUGAUCAUGUGAGUUUCUGUUGCUCAUUUUGUGCUCAUGGCAUGACUUUAGGUUUUGGUUUUCCAUAUAGACUAUGAAGCUUGGCCUCAGGUUUGGUAUUGAAAUAAAGCAAUUCAUUUGGGAGAAUGUUAUGAAAUGUCUGUUUUGUAUUGAAUUGGUUUUUUAGAUUUAUCUUUUUGUGAUUUUAAAGUACUAACUUUAAGACAUAUGAAAGCCAGUGGACGUUAUAUUCCUGUGUUCAUUUUCAUAUAGUAUUGCAAAUUUCCGAUUUUUUUUUUUUUGUUUGUUUUUCUUAAAACACCGCCCGUUUGGCUGUUAAGGGAUUUUUGGGAUAAACUUUGAGUUUAAUUUUGAGUCCAAUCAAUAUGCAUUUACCUUCUAGCAUUUCAGUUUUUUUUCUUUUAUACACAGGAAGUUAAUGUCUCUCCUGAGUGGUUAUUGGGAUGUCAUGGACUGUGUACAUAACCAUGAAUGAGUGGGUCCAUUCAAAGACAGCUGUAAAAUAUGUCAAUGUUUGUGUCAAUAAUAACUCUAAUAUAACGAUGAUAUUACAGUAGUGUUUUCAUAAUGGUAAGCAUUAUAUAAAGCCAUUUUGUCUGUCAGAUUAGAGCAUAACAUAUGAUUGAGAGAUAAAUUAAAUUCAUGGCUAGGUGUUUUUUUGUGUGUCUGUGUAUAUUUAUGUAAAUGAGCAAUACCAGAAUUUACCAAAAUGUUUGUUUUCACUUUUUUUUUUUUUUGUAUAUUGAUAAACUGUAAAUCAAACCUCAACAGUAACACUAGUGAUAUCAGUCAAUAGUAAUAAUAAGAACUACAGUAAAGAACAAAUCGAUAUUUGUAUUCCAAAAUGUUGUAUUUAAAAGAUUAAAAUCUAUUUUUUACUCAAUUUGCGGAUGUUUAUUAAUAUUAUUGUUCUGGUAUUUGUGUGGGUUGAAGUCAAAAUGAUUGUAAAUGUCUGUGCUUUUUUUUUUCGUUUCCUUUUUUGUAAAGCUCAGUGGUUCUGCAGUAGUAACUAUUUCAACACUUUGUUCAUAUUGAAUCACUGUGAAGAGAAAGCAAACACUAAAACACCACAGGAAAACUAGAGGUAUUUUAAAAUAUUGUCAGUGUCAAUGUGUUUUGUAAUAAAUUAACACGCGUCAUCACUUGUCA